AUGGACUCCAACACCCUUCAAGCCCUUUCUCGCACUGAGCUCCAAAAGAUCGCAAAGGCCAAUAAAAUCAAGGCCAACAGCAAAUCUGCGCUCAUAAUAAGGCAACUCCUCGAACUCUGUCCUGAUGGUGUCCCCAUUGAGAACGAGGACGCACCCACACAGCCAGGUCCUACGAGGACUACCCGUUCGAAACGACGAUACACUCCGGUUUCCUCGACGACGCAACCUACGUCUCGAACGACCCGCUCGAAGCGACCACCCCCACCUCGACACACCCCAGCACCACUGCCUCAAACAGCCUCAGGCGAGAUCGCUGGGCUAUCGUCGUUGGGUGCUGCCGCUCCCCAGCAGCCCGAGAACAAUCAUGGAGCGAGCCCAACCACUCCAUUGCUCCGUUUGGGGAGAAGAGACGUUGAUGCGUUCGCAUCUCCACCUCCCUCUACACGGGCACUUGUCAUGCCCCCCACACAACCAGGUCCUUCGAGGACUACCCGUUCGAGGCAACGAUACACUCCGGUUCCCCCGACGCAACCAGCUACCUCGCGAACGACUCGCUCGAAGCGACCACCUCCACCUCGACAAACCCCAACAUUACCGUCUCCAACAGCCCCAGGCGACAUCGCCGGGCCAUCGUCGUUGGGCGCUGCCGCUCCCCAGCAGCCCGGGAGAGAUCAUAGAGCGAACCCAACCACUCCAUUGCUCCGUUUGGGGAGAAUGGACGCUGAUCCGUUCGCGUCUCCACCUCCCUCUAGGCGGUCACUCGUCAUGCCACCCCGUACCCAUCGACCCAAAGAUCGCAUCUUCGCACCAUCACCCGCGCCUUCGCCUGCUUCGCUGGGCCUGAGCAGACCCUCACCUGAACCUUCGCACCCGGUCGCAGAUGUUUCUCUGGAUCCGGCGCAAGCUACCCCUCUCAUCUCAGCGUACCGUGCUGCCAAUGGUAGACCUGCUCCCAGGGAGUAUCAGGUGUCCAGUGUUGAAGUUUCUGGGGAGUCUAUAUCUGUGCAGUUGAGACUCGCCCACGACAGGCACCAGUCUCCGUCAGACGAGAUGCCGAAUGAGCAAGCCCGUGGCUCAGACGUUCAAGAGAGUAGGCGCGAGAAACAGGUCUUGCCAGAGAUGCAACUAGACGAACCUCCCAGGGAUCAGCCCGCCCCACCCGCAGAAGACCCAUUUGGCAUCGAUGACAUGGAAAUUCCGGGCCUCAACGCUGCAGAGCGUCUGGAGAACGGAGCGAAUCUAGAAGGAUCAUUGACGCAGGAUGGUGCUCUCGCUCUGGGCAGCCAUGAUCUGAGAGGACUGCCGUCAGUGCAUGGAUCUGCGCCAGCCUCACAGGGAGCAACCCAUGAGUCACGGCCUUCCCUCCCACGACCCCAAUCCCGACCUGAGGCACGGCGGCCUCCUCCAACCCAACGUCCAGCUCCAGAAAUGCCCUCUGAGCAGCAACCGCAACAACAAGAUAUCGACACCGGUGUGCCUCCACUGGCUGCUGGUGGCGAGGAUCCAGACGUCGAUCUCGCAGAAGAUGACUCGAUGGUGAAGAAAGUCGAGAACCUCCUUCAAUAUAUGAACAAAAUUGUGGACGACGACGACGAAGCCGUGAACCCUGUCCUCGCGGAGCUGCCGCAGAUCGCGACCCAAAUGCACGCGCAUCUGAAGAAGUUGAACGACCGGCUUCGUGCUUCACGCGCUGACCGUGAGCGGCUGGAUGCCCUCCUGGAAGGGCGAAGUACUGGCGCCUUGCCGACCCCAAGGAAAAGAAAUUGGUACACCCAGGUCUGGAGGCGACACAUUAAUACGCUCCCAGAAGGAGUGUAUUGCAGCGAGGAGGAAGGAGAGAAGCUUGUCCUGGUGGUGUUACAUGAGGAUGAAGAGCCUUUGUGCGAUGAUAUAGUUUGUGGUGGAGACUAUGAACGACCUUCGGAUCAAAUGGAGGCCGAGCGGUGCGAGCGCAUGCAGCAGGGUGAACCCAACAUAUAUCCCGAGUGGCCAAUAAAUGAGACGAUCCUGGAGGAAGUGAAAGCUUAUCUAUUUGAGCAGUCUACUCGCGCGGUGCCACCAGGAGCUGGCCCCUCCCAUCACCUCACUGUGUCCAGCCUCCCCGACCCGCGUCGACCACCACAGGCUGGCCCUUCCAGAUUGCCUCCACUGUUAGCUCCUCCUGUUCCUAGUCCUUCUCGCCUCACACCAGCCCGCCCACCCAGGCAGCGUCUGCCCGACGCCCAUUCAAAUCUUCCUCGACCACCGCAAGGUCGUCGCUCCGAACACCCACCUAAUCCUCGCCAACCUCAAGGGCCCCACCGCUCUCAACAGCCACCUGUCCGUACCCCGCCACACCCUGGUCAGCCUUCGCAGUCCAGACAAUCAAAACGUAGUCACUCGUCCGCAUUCGCAGACGACGAAGAAUCUGACUACGACGAAUCUGACUACGAAUCAUCUGACUACGAUGCAGCACCGCGUCCCGGCCCCACCGAACCCGACCACACUUCUCGGCGCACCUCGAAGCGACCUCGCACGUCCUAUCAUACACCCUUGAGGCCUUCCCCCGCCUCCGGGAGCGGACAGCCACGGUAUUCUAGCGGGAGUAGUGAGGCAGAACAGUCACAGGUCUAUGAGAUGCUCAGCCAUCCUGGGCAUAUGUCGGGUGAGUCAGACGAACAUUAA